AUGCCACUGCAAUUUAUAAAAUCGCAGAAGAGUACAAAUUUACUGGUACAUGAGGGCAUUAUUUACUCACGUAAAAAAGUGAAUAAAAAUAAUAUUUCAUGGCGUUGUGCCACUAAUAAAUAUUGUUCAAAGAUAAUUCAUACCGAUUGUGAAGAUGAAACAGGUAACAUUGUUGGCACUGUACCGGUUCAUGAACAUGCUGUAAAUGCGGCUGUGGUGCAAAUGAAGAUUAUAAAAGCUAAAAUAAAACGUAAAGCUGAAACAACCGACUACAAACCAGCUAAAAUUCUUUCUGGAGCAUUACGUGGUGUCGCGUCUCCAGUAGCAGCGUUAAUGCCAAUGACAACGUCGAUUAGUCGAUUGAUUCAGCGUACCCGGACUCAACAUAACCCACAAUUCAACAAUCCAACUUCUCGAGGUGAACUACAGCUCCUUGAUGAAUAUAAAAAAACUUACAAUAACGAAUUAUUUUUACUUCAUGACAGCGGUGGAGACCGAAAUAGAUUUUUAGUAUUUACAACUGUAAAAAAUUUAAAUUUUUUAACAAAAUGCGAACAGUGGCUUAGUGACGGUACGUUUAAGUCAGUACCUAACAUCUUUUCUCAAUUAUAUACUAUACAUGGAUAUAUGAGUAGUAAAUCUGUGCCUUUGGUGUAUUUAUUAGCACCUAAUAAGUCUAAGAAUAUGUAUAUAAAUUUCUUAAAAGUUUUACGUCGGAGUCUACCUAAAUAUUCACCAUCACGCAUUAUGGUCGACUUUGAAAGGCCUUUCAUGGAUGCUAUCAAAGAAACAUAUCCAGGAAUUAAAAUUUCUGGCUGUCAUUUUCAUUUCACACAAUGCGUGUGGCGUCAUAUUCAACUAUGUGGCUUUCAAGCACGAUACAAUAAAGAUGUAACGUUUGCUCUAAAUCUUAAGUUAUUAAUGGCAUUAGCGUAUGUUCCAGUUAAUGAUGUUAUAAGUGCCUAUGAAGUAAUAGUUUCUAUUGAUGAUAGAAUUACAUCUAACAAUCUAAUGGAAGGCUGGCAUAAUAGUUUUAACCAACGAGUAUCUGUUUCCCAUGCUACAGUGAAUAAAUUUUUAGAUGCAAUAAAAGAUGAGCAGACUAAAACUGAAAUGCUAAUGGCUCAAAUUGAUACAGGGUUCAAUUUUGAAAGUAAGAAGUGUAAAGCGUAUCGUAAUUAUCAGAGUCGUUUAAAAAAUAUUGUUCUUAAUUAUGAUCCUAACCAUAAGUUUGAGUAUCUACGAAGUAUUGCGAAAUUAUUGUGCAUUAACAACUAG